AAGAGCUUCGCAGUACUCUACAGCUUUUGUCAUAUUUGCAAUGAGUUUAAUCCAAUGACUUACCGACAAUGCGAGCUUUGCUGUGUACUGUCCGUGAACCUUCUGAGCUACGUGUUUCGGGCUACUUGCUCAGUCAAGACGUAUGUCCUCGAACGCAGGUGUAUGAAAGUAGAACAGUUUGUUAGAUGUCUGCCUUCAGAAGGGAAAUACAAGUGUAUGCAGACAUGACGCGUGAUUGGCUGUACUUUGCAUUCCACACAAACGCACUGAGAUCAAGAACAUGGAAGGCGGAAGCAAUUGAGGUUGCCAGAUUCGGAGAUUGAGACGAUUGGUCAGCAAUUGGACCCAUUUGGUCUGCCUUGCUCAUGUUCGCGUAGUUGACAAGAACCUCCUCCCGGCCCCGAGCAGCUGUUCUCUACCUCUCUUGUACUCAUGCUGGCCUCGAAGGUCGUCGAGUAUUCCUUGAACUCCGUACCCGCUUCAUAGCUAUUCCAUCGUAUACGAUCGUGACCGCUCAUCGUCAUUCACUUCUACCUACUAGGACCGCGUCGAAGUCUAGAACACGAUGGCUCCGUCAGCAGCACCUGCAUCGAAGAGGACGAACGGUUCCCAGUCAUCGCGGCCUACCACGACACGAAGAAAUGAGGACGAGGAGUUGAAGCCAUAUGUCAUUGUGGGUGAUCUGGGAAAGGGAAGUUUCGCGACUGUGUAUCGUGGAUAUAAUGAGCAAACACACCUCGAAGUCGCUAUCAAGACGGUAAACCGCAGUGGGCUCACUCAGAAGCUCUUUGACAAUCUGCAAGGCGAGAUUGGUAUACUGAAGACCUUGUCGCAUAGGCAUAUAACGAGGCUACUCGACAUUAUACACGCGGAACGCAAUAUAUACCUAAUUAUAGAGUUCUGUUCCGGCGGUGAUCUUGCCAACUAUCUGAAGAAACGAGGUCGAGUGGACAGUCUUGAAUAUGUACCGUCUCCAGGAGUUGCACCGAUGUAUUAUCCUCAUCCUCGAACUGGUGGCCUCGAUAUUAUCGUCGUCAGAAGCUUUCUCCGUCAGCUUGCUCGUGCGUUGAAGUUUCUACGGGUUCGGAACCUCAUACAUCGCGAUAUCAAACCACAGAAUCUUCUCCUAAAACCUGCGUCGCCGGAAGAUAUGGAGAGAGGACAUCCACUUGGAGUACCGAUUCUUAAGAUCGCAGAUUUUGGUUUCGCGAGAAACCUUUCACCAGCGAUGCUUGCGGAGACGUUGUGUGGUUCACCACUAUACAUGGCCCCUGAGAUCUUGCGUUACGAGAAGUAUGAUGCGAAAGCAGACCUUUGGUCAGUGGGGGCCGUGCUCUACGAGAUGUCAAUCGGAAAACCCCCUUUCCGUGCUCAGAAUCACAUCGAGCUUAUCAAGAAGAUCGACAACUCGAAAGGAGUCAAAUUCCCUGACGAAGAUUCACAGCUCGUCGCUCGUCAAGCCGAGACUGGGGAAGAGAUCAAGCCAGUGCCGAGUGAUAUAAAGCAACUCAUCCGAAGUCUGCUGAAGAAGACACCUGCCGAGCGUAUGAGUUUCGAUGACUUCUUUGCAAGCGAAGCACUGGCAAAGUCUAAGUUCCCAAGACCUCAACGUGCUCCUCCUCCGGAAGAGGAUGAUACUGGUCUGGUGACACAGUCAACGACACCUGAACACCAUAAGAUUAUACCGCCAGAAGUGCUGGACCCGAAAGCGAUGAUCCCACAAAGUCGGUUUGACUUUAGGCGAAGAGGGGGCGAAGGUUCCAGAGAGAAUGUGAUGAUCAAUGGCGGCACAGGGGAAGUGUCCCAUUCACUAUCACUACCGCGUGUACAGCAUGUGCAGAGCACCUCGAAGCCCGUGUCCAACGAUGGAUCUGUCAUUCCGGGUGAAACGGAUGAGGAUGGACUCUUAAGACGCGAGUACGUGCUUGUUGACGACAAGCGGGCAGUGGAGCUCAACCGUGCUGUAGAUGAGAUCGCCGCCGCUCGUCGGAAACCUCUUCGAGAUCGCCGAUCUAUAUCAUCCCCUACCAUCGACGUUCCAGGUCCCUCGAAUGGAACUGAGUUCCCUACGUUGGACUCACCCGACCGAUCCUCACCAAUCAGUUUCCCUCCACCGCCACUUGCUGUCGCACCACCUAUUUCUUCAUCACCUUCUAGCGCAGGGUCUCGCACUGCGGCCAACGCACUCACACAGGCCCUAAACUUCGCGACUAAGAAACUCUUUGGUGGCAGCUCUCAUCACCCUCGUACAUCACCAUACUACAAGGAAUACACUUCCUCUUCACCUAAGAGACAGCAAUUCAAUUCACCAAGAGGCGUGGGCCUUGGGUUGGAUGUUAAUGGCAGCAGGGACCCAAUGGAAGAUGAACUGUUGGGUUGGCUUGAGGAACUUGCGCAGAAGACGGAGGUUCUGGUAACAUGGGCAGAUGAGAUGUACGAAUCUGUUAAGGCAGUCCCUCAGAAACCUCUGCCGGAUCCUGCUAAGUUCGUCAAGCGGGAACGCGAAGCAGAUCGGCAGGCAGCACGUCGACGCAACGCCGACAUCCAGGCUGAAAGCAACGCUAUGACUUGCAUUGCACUUUACAUGCUUUUAAUGACGUUUUGUCAGAAGGCAAUCGACAAGCUACGGAACCACCAUGAGCACUUGCAAAUGCGGGAUCCAGAUGGCGAAUUGGAAUUGAGUGAAGGUUUCGACGAAGCGUUGACUUGGUUUAAGGAUCAGUUCAUCAAGUGUCAUGAACGUGCAACACUGGUCAAGACUUGGUUGCCUGCGCAAUACUCGGGUCCGCCGGCCUUCCUGGAUCAGCUUGUGUAUGAUCGGGCGUUGCAACUAAGUCGCACUGCUGCUCGUAAGGAGUUGCUAGAUCAGGCCAGUACACCCGAUGAAUGCGAAAAGCUCUACGAACAGUCUCUGUGGUGCUUAUAUGCUUUGCAAGAUGAUCUCUUGCAGACAGACAAUCCAUUCAUGGAAGAAGAUCGCGUUACUAUUUCUACCUGUGCGUGUAUACCACCGAUCGGAACGAUCGUGUUGACUCAGCAUGAUCGAUUUUCAUAGGGGUCAAGCGUACGAAAUUGCGACUCGUGCGUUGUCGUGUCCGGAUGGGGAUGAACGAUCGGGACCGUCUGAGGGACGCUCGGCUUGACAAGAAUCUCGAUGAUGUACCACGAGAUCCUCCGCCCUGGGAAGUGGCUCAAGUCGAGCGUCGCAGCAGUGACACUUCUCCAUCAGCAGAACCGAGUUCAUGACCAUGCCUGAUCACCGCGUUCCAUAUUUUCACUUAGGGUUCUGUCGACGCUCUUUAUAGAUCGUGGUGUGUACAUUGUUGUAUUAUCUAUCUUCCUUUAUUAUUUUCCCGCAUUUCUGGCAUCGGUUGAUUCCCUUCCUGCUUGGAGUCCCUUCACUCAUAUCUAAUUCUACUCAUACUGGCCGUCGUUGACAUGGAUGUACAUGUAAUGUGAUAUACCUUCAUCUUUCUCCCUCGAUUACACAGUCGGUUUACCUUGUAUCAGUCUACCACAUCUACUUAUUGUAUUCAUUUGUUACCAUACUUCAUGUGGUUUUUCUACCGCGCCCUAAUAUUAUCUUCGAGAGGAGGCUAGCUCAU